AUGAAGGCAGAUUUCAAAUUUUCAAAUUUUUUGGGAACUGUUUACAGACAAGGGAACAUUCUCUUUUCACAUGAUGGUCAAAAGUUGCUGUCACCUGUCGGAAAUAGAGUAUCCGUGUUUGAUUUAGUUAACAACAAAUCGUUUACCUUUGAGUACGAGCACAGGAAGAAUAUUGCGUGCUUUGAUUUGAACCGCCAAGGCACAUUGCUCCUGUCUAUCGAUGAUGAUGGUCGUGCAAUUUUGGUCAACUACAAAUCCAGAAAUGUUUUGCAUCAUUUCAACUUCAAGGAUAAAUGCUCUCAAAUCAAAUUUAGUCCGGAUGGUAAAUUGUUUGCUGUUGCUUCUGGACGAUUCCUACAGAUUUGGAAAACACCUGAUGCCACGCAAGACAGGCAAUUUGCACCAUUUGUCAGAUACAGAGUCCAUGCAGGCCACUUCCAGGAUUUGAUCUCUUUGACCUGGUCCAAAGAUUCUAGAUUUUUACUCUCCACUUCUAAAGAUUUGACCGCCAAAAUAUGGUCCAUAGAUUCUGAGGAGAAAGACUUGGCGUCAACCACUUUUGCAGGCCAUAGAGAUUAUGUCGUAGGCGCAUUUUUCAGCGCCGAUCAAGAAAAGAUCUAUACGGUCAGUAAGGAUGGCGCCUUAUUUACCUGGGAAUAUACUCCUAGACCAGAGGAUGUCGAAGCUGCUGAAGAGAACGACGAAGAAGUCGAUAUUUCAAAAUAUAAUUGGAGGAUUACGUCGAAAAACUAUUUCUACGCUAAUCAAGCGAAAGUUAAGUGUGUUACGUUUCACUGUAACUCCAAUAUGUUGGUUGUAGGGUUUACCAAUGGUGAAUUUCGUCUUUAUGAGCUACCCCAUUUCACUCUAAUCCAGCAGCUUUCGAUGGGUCAAAAUCCUGUCAACACGGUAACGGUUAAUAGUACUGGUGAAUGGCUAGCAUUUGGCUCCAGCAAAUUAGGACAGUUGUUAGUUUAUGAGUGGCAAUCGGAAUCCUACAUUCUAAAGCAACAAGGUCACUUCGACUCGACGAAUUCUCUAACUUACUCACCAGAUGGCUCCCGCGUAGUUACAGCUGCGGAAGACGGUAAAAUUAAAGUUUGGGACGUUGUAUCUGGGUUUUGUUUGGCCACAUUAGACGAGCACACUGCUGCUGUUACACAAGUACAAUUCGCCAAGAAGGGUCAAGUUUUGUUUUCCGCUUCCUUGGAUGGUACAGUCAAAGCUUGGGAUCUGAUAAGGUAUCGUAACUUUAGGGUGUUCACUGCUGCAGAGCGUAUCCAGUUCAAUUCGCUUGCUGUAGACCCUUCGGGAGAGGUUGUGUGUGCAGGCUCUAUGGACAACUUUGACAUACAUGUCUGGUCUGUUCAAACUGGUCAAUUAUUAGAUUCUUUAUCUGGACACGAGGGCCCAGUUUCGUGUUUGGCAUUCAGUCAAGAAAAUGGUGUGCUGGCUUCCGCUUCGUGGGAUAAAACGAUCAGAAUAUGGUACAUUUUUGGGAGGUCCCAACAAGUGGAUCCAAUCGAGGUGUAUUCCGAUGUUUUGUCAUUAACCAUAAGGCCAGACGGUAAACAGGUUGCUGUAUCUACAUUGAAAGGUCAAAUCAGCAUGUUUGAUGUUGAAAAUGGAACUCAAGCAGGAAAUAUUGAUUGUAGAAGGGAUAUCUUUUCAGGUCGACACCUUGAGGAUAGAUUCACUUCCGAAAAUUCUGAAAGAUCCAAGUUCUUCAGCACCAUUAACUACAGUUUUGACGGUAUGGCUAUUGUUGCAGGUGGUAGCAACAAUUCUAUAUGUCUGUAUGACGUUCCAAAUGAAGUUCUGCUAAAGAAAUUCACGGUUUCCAGAAACAUGACUUUGAAUGGGACUUUAGAGUUUUUGAAUAGCAGCAGAAUGACCGAAGCAGGGUCUCUGGAUCUCAUUGACGAUGCUGGUGAGAAUUCCGAUCUCGAAGAUCGAAUUGAUAACACUCUUCCCGGGUCCAGAAGAGGCGGUGUGGAUAGCUCGACAAGGAAAAUACGUCCCGAGAUCAGAGUCACAUGUGUGCAAUUUUCCCCAACAGCCACUGCAUUUUCAGCUGCCUCCACUGAAGGUCUACUAAUUUAUUCAGUAAACGAAACGUUACUGUUCGAUCCCUUCGAUUUAGACAUCGACAUAACCCCACAAAGUACAUUAGAGGAACUGAAGUCUAAUAACUAUUUGAAUGCCUUGAUAAUGGCAUUUAGACUGAAUGAGGCAUAUCUGAUAAAUAAGGUCUACGAAGAAAUACCGAUAGCCGAAAUCCCGCUGGUUACGAACAAUAUUCCAGUAAUUUAUAUUCCCCGAAUCCUGAAGUUCAUUGGUGAUGUUUCCAUGGAUUCUCCCCAUAUUGAAUUUAAUCUACUGUGGAUUAAAUGUCUCCUAUCAGCACAUGGUACAUCCAUCAACUCACGUAAGCAUCUAUUUGCGUCUGCUCUGAGGUCUAUUCAAAGAUUCAUAGGGAGAAUUGCUAAGGAGGUGGUCACGAUAAGUGUGGAUAACAAGUAUGCCUACAGGUUUUUAAUCUCUACGGAUGGGAAGAUCGCUGGUGGAGAUGAAGACGGGGAUUACGACGCAGGGGCGACCAGCGCAUUAGAAAAUCAAGCCAGUUCAGACGAAGAAGACCAGAUGGUUUCUGACGGAGAUGAGGAAGGAUGGAUCGGUUUCACAGACAAGGACAAGAAAUUGCCGUUGGCUGCCAAUGGCAGUGAUGGCGAUUCUUCCGACGAUGAAUUGUUGUAA